AUGUCAGCCUUGUCCAAAUCACUUGCAUUUCGACAGAAAAUCGCGAGUCUCGUCUCUCCUUUGCGCCGCGUCCGCGCGCGCGUGCCAUUCUGGAAGCUCGGCGCGCACAGAAUACCCACUCUCUGGGGUCUCUACCGGGGGUUGCUUCGUCAUGCCCCCAGCGAAGUGAUCAGAUGUCGCGUGAGGGAGCUCUUUCGGCAGAACCAGCACUUGACUGGCACGGAAGCCACGCGGGCGAAACUGCGUCAAGGUCACCAGUGGCGGGAUGCGUUUCAAGCAGCCUACGAGGGGGACGCGCGAAUGCAGGCCGUAUUGUCGAGGUACGACCGGCUCCUUAAAACCAGACGGGACAGACUGAGAUUGGAGAACAUGCUGCGGGAAGAACUGGCCUGGCAGAAACGCUUAAAAAACCGCCCUAUGCUGACCGGGUCCUUCCUCCGUGCUACACUGUCCAACCGCCCGCUUCCGCGUCUGAAGCCCCAGCCCCUCGCUAUAACCAUGAUGAUCAAGCGCCGCCGCGCCGCGAGAGAACGACGGGCGCUGAAGCUGAUGGCGGUCAACGAAUGGAUCGACGAUCUGCGCCGCGAGCGUGAAUUCGAGGACGGGCUGAAGAAACACGCAACAGCCUCCUUCGACCCCGUGUAUACCGGUCCCGACGGGAAGGACUGGGACGGCCCCCUCUACAGCGUCCGAGCCGACCUCCACAGGGGGUUUGACCUCGAUACAGAGCGGAGCCAGACACCCAUCUCCACAGCGCUGAAAGAAGCCAUCAUGCAGGCCCGCCGCGACAAAAUCGCGAACAAAAUCCGGGAACGCGCGCGCGAGGCCCGCGGGGAGAUUCUGCCGUGUACUAUCAGGCGGAAGGCCAAAGGCCCCCCUGCCCAUGUGCUCGCUGCUAUGACGGAGACGCAGAGACUGAGAGAUAAGGUGGUGCGGAGCAGUGCCAGUGAAGUGGGGUAUGUGGGGAAGAUGAAACGGCAGCUAGGGUGGAACCUGAAGAAUCCCGAGGCGUGGAAGUCAGAGGGUGGGUGGGAGCAGGCGAAGGAGCGAUUGGAUAGAGACGUUCAAAGAAUUGCAGCGGAGAACUUGAGGAGAAGGAAGAGAGCAUCCGGGGGUGCUAUUUCGUAG